ACACGUGUUGCGUAUGCGUAUAUACAUGCGCAUCACCUGUGGUAGCGUAGUGCAGUCAGAAGGCUGGCCACAACAGCAGAGAAAAAGUUGUACUUACCAAUGGCUGUCAUUGCUUUUUCUGACAGAUGUUUUUACGUGCUUUAUCACACGAGUUUCGUCUUAUUCGAACAGAUUCUUAUGAUAAUUUCAUCUUUAGGCAUUCUGUGAAUUCAAUAUUAUUACAGUAAUAAAAAAAUAUUGAACUAAGAGUGCUCUUUUAAGUUUAAAGGGUGCGUCAUUGGAAUUCCAAGGAUCACGAUCUCUUGAAAAGAUUGUAUAGAGAGCUAAAAGAAUAAAAGAAGGAAUAAAAGAAGUGCGAACGAAAUUACGUGAAAUAAAGAGUGACUGAAAACAAAGAGUAUGGCGAAGACGUAUGAUUAUUUGUUUAAGUUGUUGCUGAUUGGUGAUUCAGGGGUCGGCAAGACAUGCGUCCUCUUCAGGUUUUCUGAGGAUGCUUUCAACACGACCUUCAUCUCGACCAUUGGAAUUGAUUUUAAAAUAAGAACCAUAGAAUUAGAUGGCAAGAAAAUAAAACUACAAAUAUGGGAUACAGCAGGACAAGAAAGGUUUCGUACUAUAACUACAGCAUAUUAUCGUGGUGCAAUGGGUAUAAUGUUAGUUUAUGAUGUAACCAAUGAAAAAAGUUUUGAGAACAUAAAGAAUUGGAUUAGAAAUAUUGAAGAAAAUGCCUCAGCAGAUGUUGAAAAAAUGUUAUUGGGCAAUAAGUGUGAACUUACGGAAAAACGACAAGUUUCAAAAGAACGAGGAGAGCAACUUGCUGUUGAAUAUGGAAUCAAAUUUAUGGAAACAUCUGCUAAAUCCAGUAUUAAUGUUGAAGAGGCAUUUUAUACUCUUGCACGAGAUAUUAAAGCUAAAAUGGAAAAAAAACUGGUAAAUAUCUUUUUUCAAUGCUAUUUCUGUAACUAGUGUUUUUUCAAUAAC